CUUUUUCACAUGGUUCAACUUAAGGAACGCAAGACUUGCAAACGCAGCUCAACAACCUGCAGAAGGGCAUCAUUGCGGAGAGGAAGAAGCAGAAGCUGCCGUGCCCCUCGGUGGAUCUUCGGUGUGAUGAGUGAGACGAUCCAAUGGCAUGUGACGAAGAACUGGCAGAAGCGGCAAGGCUGAGACAGCAGCUGAAAGAUUUGGAGUUGGACACCGCAUCAUGCGAAGUGAAGCGGGAUGAAAAGCUGAAACUGCUGGGCAAUGUUGUGGACCCUUCUGUGCCUUUUUCCAAUGUGGAAGAGGACAACGAGGUCGUGGCUGUUUGGCCGAGAGGGCAAGAUAUGUCACUUCCCUGCCCCAUCAGUGAAUUUAGGCAUCGCCCGGAUUGCGCUGUGGACGCUGCGACACAUGAUGGCUUGCUAUGGCGCAUUGGUGGUUAUGAUCCUGACCGCGGUGCCAAAGUUGCAGGAAGCCGUGGAUACUUUCUGGAAGAUGUAGGUGUGAUGCUGAACCAGGCCCUUCUGAAUUUUGGCUUGGCCUUCCUUCGACAACGAGGCUAUCGCGCCAUGCAACCACCCUACUUCAUGAGGAGGGAUUUGAUGUGUGACUUGGCGCAGCUCAGUGAUUUUGACGAACAGCUCUACAAAGUGACCAAAGGAGAAGAUGAAGCAGAGAAGUACUUGAUUGCUACCUCCGAGCAGCCGCUGUGUGCGCUGCACUCGAAGGAAAUCUUGGAGGAAGAAACGCUUCCUCGACGCUACGCUGGCAUCUCCCCCUGUUUCAGGACAGAGCUAGGCAAGGCUGGCAAGGAAAACAAAGGGAUUUUCCGAGUUCAUCAGUUUGAAAAGGUGGAACAAUUCUGCAUUACCAGCGGAGACCAUGAGAAGUCUCAAGAGAUGCAUUUGGAGAUGCUACGCAUAGCACAGGACUUCUAUGAGGCCUUGGGCAUCUCCUACCGUGUGGUGAAGGUGGUCUCUGGUGAACUCAAUGAUGCGGCGGUGAUGAAGUUUGACUUGGAAGGUUGGUUUCCAAGCCAGGGCGAGUACAAAGAGUUGGUCUCCUGUUCCAACUGCACGGACUUUCAAUCUCGAGCCCUGGACAUCCGCAGUCGCAACGUGAAGGAGAAGCCACGCUUCGUUCACAUGCUGAACUCCACCCUGGUGGCCUCUGGGCGAUGCAUGUGUUGCAUCUUGGAAACUUACCAGACACCUACCGGUGUGAAGGUGCCAACAGCCCUGGUUCCCUUCAUGGGUCUUGACUUCAUGCCUUUCGUCCGCGAAGUUCGCAGUGCUUCGCAGAAGACUUCCAAGGCCCCUCCUUCGAAGUCCGUGCCGGACCCGCCGCCGCAACUCCCCAUGGCGUCCUGUCCUGUCGAUUCAUUGGAGGAGCAACGGAGCUCAAUGGCAUCCCCGUCGGCAACAGGAGUUGGAGCGAAGAUUGCAAGAUCAGCCCUAUGUGUUGGGGUUCUUUCCCUCGCGGGCGGACCUGGACAUGCUAAAAGACCUGCAGGGGAAGGAAGUUCAGAGGCAUCAGAACAUUGAUCGCUGGAUGCAGCAUGUGAAGUCGUUCUCGGCCGUAGAGAGGUCGACUUGGACGAGAUUGCCAGCAGAAAAG